GUUGCCAACCAGCGGCCAGAGAAUAACAAACAGGCGGCCAAUUAACAAGCAGCGCAAAGCAUAUCAACAAAGAGAAAUACAAAAACCACUAAAAUACAAAAAAAGCACUGCUACAGGGGUGUUCCCCAUUCGAGAGUCGAGCGAUACGUCAGCCAUUAACUAUUUCGGCAGCAACAACAAUAGAUAAAUUUCGGAUAUGCAUAGAUAGAUGUAGCAAAAAGCAGUUAAAUCUAAUAAUCUCUGAGCUGAGAUACGCGAAUUUGGUGACUAAAACGGAACAUCAAAUUUGGCAAUUGGUGAUUUUUCUGAGCAGUGGAAAGAUUUUAAAUAAUAAUGGGCGUACGAGUCAUUGAAGCUGAUUCGGCGAGCGAUUCAUCGUAUGACGAUGAGGAGUGUUCGGCCUGCAAAACGAAUCACAACAAGAGUAAAACAACAAAUGCUAAACGUUCGUCGGAGGAGGAGUCGAAUAACGUGCAGUUUGGCAGCAAGGAUCUGGUUGGUAACUGCAAGGAGUAUCGCAUUGAGCACAAUGCGAGAGAUCUGCGCAUCAUUGGCAAUGGCAAUCGGUUGAGGAUCGUCAACAACACGGGCAAUCUGCAAAUCAUUGGCAACUCAACGCGUCUUAAGAUACAGCACAACAGCGGGACCAUCAAGUAUAUGGGCAACGAUGGCAGGAUCUAUUUGGGCAUCGAUUCGCAACAGCAGAAUGUCGACUAUAUUGGCUGCAAUGGACUCCUUAAGGUGGUCAAAUCACUGGAAUUGCAGUCCAACAAAACCAACAGCAAGCGACGAUCUUCACCAAAGGAGCCAAAGCAUAAGGAAAGCAGUCAAAGUUUGGGCGUUGAGAUUGACAAUAAUCUGACAAUUGUGAAUGGCAUCGGUGGAAAUAUUGUGAUUAAGAAUGCGAUAAAUGUAAGCAUUUAAGGAGCUCUCUCUGUCUGUCUAACUUGCCUGUAAGAAUUACAUCCAGUACGAAUGGUUCCUAUUGUUAUAUAUAUAUAGUCAUUAGCAUAUAGCAAAACUUUCCGACUGAUAUAUGAUUGUCAUUCAGGCAUUGAAAAGUAUUAACACGCCCAUAAUUAGCUCAUCAUAUUAGUAAUAUAUUUAUUAGGAAAUUAUGUAUGUCCAUAUAUAUAUAUAUAUAUAUAUAUGUGUAUAGUCAAGUCACAAAUCCACAAUGAACAACACCAAAUAUGUACUGUCUGUGGUUUCAAGAGCACAUCAUUCCAUGAAUGAUGUCUGCAAUUGAAUAUAUUCAAAAUACAACAAAUUAAACAAACAUU